GCAGAAGAUCCUAGAACUUACCACCAGGAUCACUGAGCUGCUGAGCGGAGAGGUUCCUAAAAGGUGUCAGGAUGUAGCUGUUUAUUUCUCCAUGGAGGAGUGGGAGUAUUUAGAAGAACACAAGGAUCUCUACAAGGACAUCAUGAUGGAGAACCACCAGUCCCUCAUGUCACCAGAUGGGACCAGUCAGAGAAAUCCACCAGAAAAAUGUCUUAGAUACCAGGAUUGUCCAGGAGAAAAGCAGAAUGUCCCACUGGAUUAUCAGGAGAGUUCUGGUGGAAAGACGAGUGGACUUGAAAAUCCGGUAAAAAUGUCUGUAAAUGGUAAAGACGGGAUGAGAGUAUAUCAUAAGCAUCUCCAUUUAUUUCCCUAUCAUGAAGUAAAAGAUAACACCACACAAAAUAAUUUAAAAACUCCUAAUGUACCCUCAGCCCUUCACAACAGGGAUCUAUCCACUAAUACUGCUGGUCACAAGAAACCUUCAUUGAAUCCAUCACUGAUUGGUAAAACAAGAACUAAACAGAAGUGUGGAAAAGUAUUUCCUUGUGAAAAAGAUUUUAACAAGAAAUCUAAUAUUUUUUUAUAUGAGAGAAAUUGCAAAGACAAAAGGUCAUUUUCCUGCUCAGAAUGUGGAAAAUCUUUUACCAUGAAAUGUGUUCUAGUUGCACAUCAGAGAAUUCACACAGGGGAGAAGCAAUUUUUAUGCCCAGAAUGUGGGAAAUGUUUUAGUCAGAAAUUAAGUCUUGUUACACAUCGGAGAACUCACACAGGGGUGAAGCAAUUUAUGUGUCCUAAAUGUGGUAAGAUUUUUAGGACAAAAUCAUUGCUUAUACAACAUAUAAGAACCCACCCAGGGGAGAAGCCAUUUUCUUGUUCAGAAUGUGGGAAAUGUUUUGGUCAGAAAUCAUAUCUUGCGAAACAUUUUAGAAUCCACACAGGAGAAAGGCCAUUUUUAUGUCUUGAAUGUGGGAAGUGUUUUACUCUGAAAAAAAGUUUUGUUAGACACCAGAAAACUCACACAGGAGAGAAGCCAUUUUCAUGUCUUGAAUGUGGGAAGUGUUUCAGUCAGAAAUCAUAUCUUGUUAAUCAUCAGAGAACUCACACAGGGGAGAAGCCAUUUUCAUGUCUUGAAUGUGGGAAGUAUUUUAGUCAGAAAGUAGGUCUUGUUAAACAUCAGAGAACUCACACAGGGGAGAAACCAUUUUCAUGUCUUGAAUGUGGGAAGUAUUUUAGUCAGAAAGUAGGUCUUGUUAAACAUCAGAGAACUCACACAGGGGAGAGGCCAUUUCCAUGUCUUGAAUGUGGGAAGUGUUUUGGUCAGAAAGCAGUUCUUGUUAAACAUCAGAGUAUUCACACAGGGGCGAAGCCAUUUUUAUGUCUUGAAUGUGGUAAGUGUUUCAGUGUGAAAUCACAUCUUGAAAUACAUCAGAGAAUUCACACAGGGGAGAAGCCAUUUUUAUGUCUUGAAUGUGGCAAGUGUUUCAGUCAGAAAUCAUAUCUUGUUAAUCAUCACAGAACUCACACAGGGGAGAAGCCAUUUUCAUGUCUUGAAUGUGGGAAGUAUUUUAGUCAAAGAGCAGGUCUUGUUAAACAUCAGAGACUUCACAAAGGGGAGAAGCCAUUUUCAUGCCUUGUUUGUGGGAAGUGUUUUAGUCAGAAAGAAGGUCUUGUUAAACAUCAGAGUACUCACACAGGGGAGAAACCAUUUUCUUGUCAUGAAUGUGGGAAGUGCUUCAGUGUGAAAUCACAUCUUGUAACGCAUCAUAGAACUCACACAGGGGAGAAGCCAUUUUCAUGUCUUGAAUGUGGAAAGUGUUUUAAACAGAAAGCAGGUCUUAUUAAACAUCAGAAAGCUCACACAGGGGAGAAGCCAUUUAUUUGCCUUGAAUGUGGGAAGUGUUUUGGUGUGAAAUCAGUGCUUAAAAUACAUCUCAGAGUUCAUACAGGAGAGAAGCCAUUUUCAUGCUCAGAAUGUGGGAAAGGUUUUAGUCUGAAAUUUAAUCUUGUUAAACAUGCAAAAACUCAUAUAGUAGAGAAGUUCUUUAGGUCUUGAAUGUGGGAAAUGUUUGGUGGGAAAUCAACACUUAAAACACAUAUAAGAAGUCACAAUGGGGAAAAUACAUUUUCAUGUUCAGAAUGUGGGAAAUCUUUUAGUCAGAAAUCUAGUCUUGUUAAGCACGAGAGAACUCACUCAGAGGUGAAGCCAUUGUAAUGUUCAGAUUGUAGAACAUACGGGUGAUUCUGUGCAGGCUGGUUGCUUUUGGCUGCGUGCUGGCUGUGGUAUCUGGUGUGAACCUGCCCGUGUACGUGUGUACCCCUUUUACUGUGUCUGUUUCUGUUCAGUGUUCUGGUUGCCAUGGGCAACACCCGGUUCUGUUCUUGUGUGUCCUGUUCUGAGCUCUGGUCCUAAUGGGGUUAACUUCCCUGUCUGCUGUGCUUGGGUGUGGUUUUGCAGGUUCACUCGUUCAGCACCUAUUUCUCCAUGUGUGUCCUGUUCCUGGGGUUCACACGAGCGUGACAGAUUUGGUCCGGAUGCGUUCAGGGUGCGUUCAGUUAAACUCGCACCAUUUUGCAAGCAAGUUCAGUCAGUUUUGGCUGCAAUUGCG